CCGGCCGCGACCCCCAUGGACGGUCCGCAAGCUGAGGCGCUGCUUGCGCCCCUGCGGCAGGCGGUGCGGCAGCAGGGAGAGCUUGUAAGGAAGCUGAAGGAAGAGAAAGCUCCCCAGGUGGAUAUCGAAAGAGCUGUAGCAGAGCUUAAAGCUCGGAAGAGAGUCCUAGAAGCAAAGGAGUUAGCCUUACAGCCCAAAGAUGACAUUGUGGACAGAGUUAAGAUGGAAGACACCUUAAAAAGGAGGUUUUUCUAUGAUCAAGCCUUUUCUAUUUAUGGAGGUGUCAGUGGUCUGUAUGACUUUGGGCCUGUUGGGUGUGCUUUGAAGAACAACAUCAUCCAAGCAUGGCGGCAACAUUUUAUUCAGGAAGAGCAAAUCCUGGAGAUCGACUGUACCAUGCUCACGCCAGAGCCAGUUCUGAAGACUUCUGGUCAUGUAGACAAGUUUGCUGACUUCAUGGUGAAAGAUGUGAAAAACGGGGAAUGUUUUCGUGCUGAUCAUCUCUUAAAAGCUCACCUGCAAAAGCUGAUGUCUGACAAGAAGUGCACAGCAGAGAAAAAGGCAGAGAUGGAAAAUGUUCUAACUCAGUUGGACAACUACGGCCAGCAAGAACUUGCAGAUCUUUUUGUGAACUACAACGUGAAGUCACCUAUCACUGGGAAUGACCUGUCCCCUCCUGUUUCUUUCAAUCUGAUGUUCAAGACCUCCAUUGGGCCUGGAGGAAACAUGCCUGGCUAUCUGAGGCCAGAAACUGCACAGGGAAUAUUCCUCAACUUCAAACGUCUUCUAGAGUUUAACCAAGGCAAACUGCCUUUUGCUGCUGCCCAGAUUGGAAAUUCCUUCAGAAACGAAAUCUCGCCCCGCUCCGGCCUCAUCAGAGUCAGGGAAUUCACCAUGGCAGAAAUUGAGCACUUUGUAGAUCCCAGUGAGAAAAAUCACCCCAAGUUUCAGAAUGUGGCAGAUCUCAACAUCCUCCUGUACUCCUCCAAGGCCCAGGUCAGUGGGCAGUCUGCCCACGUGAUGCGGCUGGGAGAUGCUGUCCAGCAGGGUGUGAUCAAUAACUCCGUUCUCGGUUACUUCAUUGGCAGAAUCUACCUCUUCCUUACAAAGGUUGGCGUAUCCCCGGAGAAGCUGCGCUUCCGACAGCAUAUGGAGAACGAGAUGGCUCACUAUGCCUGUGACUGCUGGGAUGCAGAGUCCAAAACAUCCUAUGGUUGGAUUGAGAUUGUUGGCUGUGCUGAUCGUUCCUGCUAUGACCUCUCCUGCCAUGCCCGUGCCACCAAAGUUCCUCUUAUAGCUGAGAAGCCUCUCAAAGAACCUAGAACAGUUAACAUUGUUCAGUUUGAGGCAAAUAAGGGAGCCAUUGGCAAAGCUUAUAAGAAGGAUGCAAAGGUGGUGAUGGAAUACCUGUCCAUGUGUGAUGAGUGCUACAUCACUGAGAUGGAGCAGCUGCUCAAUGAAAAAGGGGAAUUCACUGUUGAAACUGAAGGGAAAACUUUUAAAUUAACAAAGGACAUGGUUACUGUGAAGAGAUUUCAGAAAACAUUACAUGUGGAAGAAAUCAUCCCAAAUGUAAUUGAGCCCUCAUUUGGUAUUGGGAGGAUCAUGUACACAGUGUUUGAGCACACAUUCCACAUCCGGGAAGGAGACGAGCAGAGAACGUUCUUCAGCUUCCCAGCUGUUGUAGCACCAUUCAAGUGCUCUGUCCUUCCUCUGAGCCAGAAUCAGGAAUUCAUGCCUUUUGUCAAGGAACUAUCCGAAGCACUCACCAGGAACGGCAUCUCCCACAAGGUGGACGAUUCCUCGGGGUCCAUCGGGCGGCGCUAUGCCAGGACCGACGAGAUCGGUGUGGCCUUCGGGAUCACCAUCGACUUCGACACCGUCAACCGGACCCCUCACAGCGCCACCCUGCGGGACCGCGACUCCAUGCGCCAGAUCCGAGCAGAGAUCUCUGAACUUCCUGCCAUCAUUCGUGACCUGGCGAACGGUUAUCUCACUUGGGCUGAUGUUGAGGCAAAGUAUCCACAGUUUGAGGGACAAGAGACUGGCAAAAAGGACACAAUAGAGGAAUAAAGAAAAGGACCUGAAGUAAAAUCCCAUCAGAUGUCCACUUUUUACUGUUCAUGUUAAUAUGAAAUAAACUUAUCAUGUACUAUUCAAAGCUGCAUUGUUUGUGCACACAGGGACUAUUUGUUUUGGUUUUUGGUUUUUUUUUCCCUCAAUUGCCUGAAUUGACCUUUGAAAACUGAAAUAAUUGCAGUCCAAG